AUGUCUACUCCACCUCUUUCAUUUCCUAGUGUGUAUGAGGGAUUAACUCAACUUUUAGAGGAGUUUUCCUUGGCUAUCCAUACGAAAGACCACAAGCCAUCAUAUUCAACCUCAGGCCUCCCCGAGUUCCCCAGAGUCCCUCCCUACUCGGCCGCUACAUUGGUGGCAACUACUCCGCCCACUAAUCCUUUCGUUGACCCACCCUUUCCCCACCCUCCCCCAGUGGCCCCGCUCACCGACCGUCUAUACACAUCAGCGCCUAGCCCCCUGUUAUCCCCAGACGCCUACGAAUCCGGACACAACAUUCGUGAUUGGCUGUGUGACUUAGAUCUUUUCCUGACCGACGUCCCACCCCACCAAUAUACUUGCUUCUUACUACGUUUCCUUUCCCCAUCCGCCAGGCGACGCGCCUUCGAUGCCGGCCUUACACCAGCUACCCCGUUCCCCGUCGCCUGCCGUUGCGUCGUGCAGCUGUUCGACACCCCUGACGCGCCUGACAUCGCGGCAGAGCGAUUUGCCAAGUUACGCCAGGCCCUCCGGCAAUCAGUUGACGACUUUGCAACGGAACUCACCCGACUUGCCUCCGCGGCUUUCCACAACUUACCAGACCCCGAUCGGGACGACCUUAUCCUCCACCGUUUCAUUUCAAGCCUCUUCGAUCGCACGAUCACCGACUCCUUCCUCCUCCACCCCCUGCGUACUUUGAACGACGCCUUGCGGCAGUGCCGUCUGCAUCUUACAUAUCACCGAACACACCAACCCCCUCCGAGACCCCCUUUACCCCCAGCCCGGCCGGAGCCCCAAGCCCCAGAUAGACGGAACCCUUUGCCGUUCCCCUUCCCUGAUCACAACCCUGGCUCCAAUCUAUGGACCAUAGUUUUGCUCUUUACACAGUAUAUUUCGAUUUCACUAAGGCUUUUGACAGUGUUGACAAUGCUCUUCUCCUCCUGA